GAGUGAGCACAGCUGCUGGACUAGAGAGUAAAGCGGCUCGCACACGCGCGCGCGCGCACACGCCCACCUUUCAGAAAGUUGUGGCCAGAGAAUGGCGCUGGGGCGCGAUGCUCCGCGCGCUUCUCCAGCGCGCCACAUUUGAGCCCUUCGGCGUCUUCAUCGUCUCGAACACCAUCGCCGUCCUCGUCCUCGCGGGUCAGUCCGCUCUCUGCGCGCGGCCAGCACCGACCUGGGCCUGCACGUUCACGGCGCGAGCGAGAGAGGGAGAGCGAGAAGGCGCGCGAGGAUCUUUGCUCGCCAUGAUCGCGCGCUCUGCGCUCCGGUGCCUGCUGCUCUGCGCGCUUUUCCCUCUGCGAGCGGCGCGAGACUCACCGAGACAGUGCGGCAAACCCAGCACGCAGAAAGAGAUGAACUCCUUCCUGUGGACGGUGAAGCGUCCAUCUCCUCAGCCCCCCUCUUACCUGUUCGGAACCAUCCACGUCCCAUACACUCGAGUGUGGGACUACAUCCCUGAUGGCUCCAAACGAGCCUUCCAGAGCAGCUCCAGAGUCUUCUUCGAGCUGGACCUCACUGACCCUCUGACCAUCUCCAAACUCACCAGCUGCCAGCUGCUGCCGAACGGCGAGAGCCUGCAGAGUCUGCUACCGCGAGACCUUUACCGGCGGCUAAAGCGCCACCUGGAGUACGUUAAGCACAUGAUGCCGUUCUGGAUGACGGCGGACCAGCGAGGCCGCGGCCUGUAUGCUGAUUACCUCUUCAACGCCAUCGCUGGGAACUGGGAGCGGAAGCGGCCUGUGUGGGUGAUGCUGAUGGUCAAUUCAUUAACAGAGUCCGACAUCCGGACGCGGGGAACGCCCGUACUGGACCUGUUCCUCGCGCAGGAGGCCGAGCGGCUGGGGAAGCAGACUGGAGCUGUGGAGAACGUGGAGGAGCAGUGCCACCCCCUCAAUGGACUCAACUUCUCCCAGGUGCUCUUUGCUCUGAAUCAGACGCUACGGCAGCAUGAAGGAGUGCGAGAGGGCAGCAUGCAGGGCCAGAGUUCAUUCAGCACUGAGGACCUGAUCACUCACUACAACUGUGGAGACCUGAGCUCCAUCAUCUUCAACCACGACACCUCACAGCUCCCUCAUUUCAUCAACAGUUCCCUGCUGGAUCAUGAGCGUUCCACGGCACAGCAGAUUGACAGUUAUCUCCGGCAGGAGUUGAUCUAUAAGCGGAAUGAGCGAAUGGCCCAACGUGUCUCCACCCUGCUGCAGGCCAGCCCGUCCCAGAGCUUCUUCUUUGCCUUUGGUGCAGGUCACUUCCUGGGCAACCACAGUGUGCUGGACAUCCUGCGACAGGAGGGUUAUGUGGUGGAACACACACCAGCCCAUGAGCCUGUUACACAGAGCCGGGCUGAGGUGGAGGGUACCACUUUAAUGCCAAGUAGGGGGAGUCCAGAGCCAGUGACACAGUGGACAUCAGAAGCUCCAGAGCUGGAGGAGGACCUGCCCCACCUGCUGCUGCCAGACAGCCUGAGCCAGCUGGAGGAGUUUGGCAGACACAAACCCCCACGCAAGGCCCACCGACAGCAUAGUAGGCAGCGGCUCUUCAGCGACCUAUGGGUGCGCAUUGGAGACAGCUCGACUCCAAUUCCAAAUAUAAGGAUAACCAACGGCUAUGUGACAGUGGAGCCUCCUCUAACACGGCAGGAACAGAAGAGAAAGACGUCUCUCUCUGGCCGAGAGGACACUCUGCUCCCUGCUUUGGCCUCACCCAGUGCUUGCAGCCUGCUACCUGCCCUGCUCACCUGCCUCCUCUCACAGCUGCUGCUCUUCUCCUCCUAACCACAAGGGGGAACCAACCACACAUGCAGACAGCCUCCCGUCCAGGCCACGCUGAGUAAGCAGACACAAAAGCUGGCAAUGCUGUCAGAAAUGGGCUCUGUAAAGCUGAAGGUCUAAGUCUUUAGGCUUUUGUUGAAGGGCUCCAACAUAAGAACAUGAAAAAGUCAUUUAGAAGUGAAUACAGUAGCCUGAAAUGGUAUUUUGGUACAAUUCUUACUACUGUAAUUAAUUAAUUACUCACUUAGACUUGUACCAUCUCGAGUUAAAAGCAUCAUCUCCAGUACUGAGUUCUCAAUAGAACUACAGAAGAACUUCCAACAUACACUGAUCAGGCAAACAUGACCACCUCUUGUUUCUACGCUCAUUGUCCAUGUUAUCAGCUCCACUUACUGUAUAGGUGCACUAUGUAGUUCCAGCAGCU